AUGGAAUUCUUUUUAUCAACCAAGAUACCUCGAGGUCUUAAAUACGUUGCUGAGCUUCAAAUGAUGCUAGAUAACUUAUCUCAAGAUACAGUUAAUGAUAUAACAGUAUAUAUAUUGAAAUCAGAUCUUGUUUCUUCUCCAGAUAAAGUUAGAACUCUUGCACAUGAACUACUAACAUACAAUGUCAUAUAUACGAAACAAAAACAGGAAUUAAUCAUAUUAAUUAUGACUUUAUUACAAAAUCAAAUUCCAUCGAAUGAAUUACAUCGAUUAAAAAUGGCAAUACUCGAAGAAUGCUGUCUUUCAGAUUCCAAUCUUGAUAAUGAAAUCUCAAAAAUCUUAUUACUUCGAAAAUUAUUUUUAGCAGGAAUGAUAAAUUACAAAGAAAUGGAGACAAUAUUAGAGUUGGUAGCACGUACAACAGGUAAUUCCCCAGAAAAAUUCUUUGUUUUCUUCCUUUCUAUCGCUCCAGAAAUGCAUCAAAGACAUCUUUCAUUAUACAAUGAUAUGGUCCAAGUUCUUACCAACAAAACACAAUUUUCGCAGCAUUUAAAGCUAAUUACCAAAAAUUUAGCCCAAUACGAAGAAGAAAAUUUCAAAAAAUUACGUGAAUUAAUGUUAUACGGCCAAGAACCGAAUUCUCUACAGUACAUAAUUUACAAUGAUGACGUAGAAUCAUUGAAAGGAUAUAUUUCAAAGAAUCCAAAACUAGAAACAUUGUUUUGGAUAUCUCCAUUAGAUUAUUCAGAAAAUCCUGACAUAAACAUGAUAUCAAUGGCUGCAUUGUAUGGAUCUUAUAAUUGUUUCAUGCUUCUUGCUGAAAAAUGCUUAGAUAUCCUUAAACUAGAAGCAGUUUUAUGGGGAGAAAAUUUGAAAAUUUUAGAAUAUGUUUUAUACAAGAAAAAUCACGAAUUUUUCCAUGAUUCUUUGCGAAACAUUGGUAGAUUUAGAUGUCUUAAAUCAAUAGUUUAUUUAUUAAAGAACAAUCAAUACACUGAACUAGAGUUGAACAAAGCUUUUGUCAGUGCCGUUUAUUAUCAAAAUUAUCAUUUGAUUUUUAAAUUAAUUGAACUUGGUGCAGACAUAAAUUACAGGAAUCCAGAGACAGGAAUGACUGCUUUCGCUAUUGCAUGCAAGGAAAGUCAUUUUUCUUUGUUAAACACUCUGAUAAUAAGGAAAACUGUUGAUGUAAAUACAAAAGAUUUAAAUGGUGAAACACCUUUAAUAAAAAGUGUAAAAAAUUGUAAUUCAAGAGUCACAAAAAUACUUUUAGAAUGCGAUAGAGUUGAUUUAAACGCUAAAGAUGAUAAUGGAUAUACAGCUUUGUUAUAUGCAUGCAGAAAUGCCAGUUUAUAUGAUGUUAAAUUACUUAUGUCGAAAGGUGAAAAAAUUAAUCCAAAUCUCAAAUCUAAAAAAGGAGAUUUUCCUUUGAAAUUCGCUGUUAUUUCUGGAAAUGAAGAGAUUAUUGAUAAAUUACUUGAACAUCCAAAUAUAGAUGUUAAUAACAGAGAUGAUGAAGGCUGCACCGCGUUAUUCCAUGCUGCGAGAUUAUCAAAAUCAAGUACAAUUCUUCAAAUCAUGGAACAAUCUGAAAAAGCUGAUCCAAAUUUAAGUGGAUCAAAUGGUUUUUCUCCAUUAAUUAUCUCUGUUUUGUCUGGUAAUGUUGAUUGUGUAAAGACACUUCUUUCUUAUGAAAGGACAGAUGUAAAUCACAAAGAUGGAAAUGGGAAUACUGCCUUAAUUGCUGCUUGUGGAAUUAAAAAUUAUGAAAUGGCGAAAUUAAUUUUAGCACAGAAAAACUUGAAUAUUAAUGCAAGAGGGAAACUCGGAAAUACUGCAUUAAUGACAGCAAGCAUGAGAGGAUGCAAGGAUAUUGUUGAAUUGAUCUGCAAUUAUCAAGGCGUUAAUGUUAAUUUGAGAAAUGAUAAUGAUAAUACUCCUCUUCACGAAGCAAUCAGAUUUAAACAUAAAGAAGUAGUGCUUUACUUGAUGAAAUUAAAGGAUAUUGCUUUAAACACACCUAAUAAAAGCGGUGAAACACCAGUUGCUGUUGCUGCUUCAUCUGGAGAUGUUGAAAUAAUGGCGAACUUACUGACUUUAAGAGGUAUUGAUGCUAAUUACACAAAUGGAGUUAAUCCAACACCAUUGGCCAUAGCCAUUAAAGCAGGAAAUAUUAACUUAGUGAGAAUGAUGGUACUUUCACCUUAUGUUGAUGUGAAUAUGCCAUCUCCUCCUGAUUCAUUUUCUCCAGCUUUUAUCGCUGCUUCCGAAGGAAAAAGUCAAAUUUUGGAGGCAAUUUUAAGAAGCCCUGGAAUUAGGAGUGACUUAAAACCUGGUAAUGGAGCAAAGUUUUUAUUCGAUGCAGCUGAAGGUAACAAAGAAGUAAUCGCUGUUCUAGAAAGAAAUGGAUUAUCAAACUCAUAA